UACGGUAGCUCCCCGCCUAGAAAAUCCAACGACGGUCCCUUUAAGCAAUUGGGACACAAAGAAUCUCAGAAAAUUAUGGGAAAAAAAAAUAAUAAAGGGAAGGCAUGCCUGCUGUCUGUGAUGAUGAUUGAGUUGUGUGUAUUACACAACAAUAUGAAAAACAAGAGAAGCAUAUGAAAAGGAAAUUACUUUUUCUUUUUCUCUUCUCCCCAAAAACAGUCACUUUUGCACCCAACAAAUAAAUGGUGUAAAAUUCUGGGGUCCAACAGAACAAGUAAUGCAAAUUUCUGAGACCCACAGAGGUACAAAGUCAAUCAUCCAAGGCAUGGAACACAAACACAUCCCAUGAGCCAUCAUCAUCAUCAUCCACUCCUUCAUUCCCUUUUUGCUUUUCCUUUUUUUUUUCGUGUCUUGUGGUGUUCUUUCCAAUUCUUCUAAUUCCUUCUACUUUACAAAUUGAACAAGGGAUUGCAGGUUGCAACUGUGUGCUGCACUGCACUGCACUAAUUGUCUUCUCUGGCUAGAACUACACGUUUUCUGAUUCCCUUCAUGCUUUGCACUGUGCCUUCUAUUCUGUCACUUUUCUCCCUGUGUGGGUUGGGUUGAGUUAGCAUACUAUAAUGACAUGGGUUUUCAGUGGUUUCUCAUGUGACACCAUGACUUGUUAUGCGGGAGGAGCCCUGUUUUCAAGGAUGAACUUGUGGAAAGGGUGGAACAAAACUUGCCGAUAGAUUUUCUUUCUCUUGACUUGACUUUGAAGUGCAGUACAACUAAUUUGGUUGUUUGUUACUCAGCAAAAACGAGGGGCGUGUUUGGUUUUUUCUUCUUCUGCAUCAUUCUCAGUUUUCACUACUUGUGAUGCUCUCAUAUCUUAUUGUUCCUCAUUAGCUUUGUGUUGUGUUGGGAGUCAUUGGUAGACAUGGCAGAAAUUAGGCUUACCAGGAUGGAGCAAGGCCAGACCAAGAUUAAAAAUGUUCCAAUAGCGGUGACCCCAGAAGGGUUUUGGUGCUGCCCUUCCCCUGUGGUGUUUCAGAAAAGCCUCAAGGCUCAGAAUCCUCUUAAUAAGCCCAAACCCUCUUCACCCCCACCAAAAACCAGUGUUCAAAAAAAGCCAGUGUCUGUGCCAGUGUAUGAGAGAAGAACUGGUGCAGCUGCCCCUUCAAGAUUGGUGCUUUCUGAUGAUCAGCAAUGUUCAACUGCUCCAGAAAGACCUCCUCCACCUACUUCUUCUAUGGCUGCUGCAGAAAGGGGACCCAGGCCAAAGAUUGAAUCUUUGCCAAAGAAGGUUGCUAUUGAGUUUGGUGAACCUGGAACUUGUGAUAUGAAAGUGAUUUUGCUAGGAAAACAGGGGUUCUGUGUCAAGUUAAGUGUGCACAGGAAUGUUCUGACUGAGAAGAGUAACUUCUUCUCCGAAAAACUAUCUGAACAAUCGGGUUUGUCUUGUCUCCAAAUCGGUGACUGUGAGGAUGUUGAGAUAUAUGUUGAAACUGUUGGUCUUAUGUACUGUAAGGAGAUGAAGCAGCGGCUUAUGAAGCAAAGUGUUUCUCGUAUUCUUCGAAUACUUAAGGUGGCAGAAUUCCUAGGCUUCAGCUCAUGCAUCCAAUCAUGUUUGGAGUUCUUGGAAGCAGUCCCUUGGGUUGGAGAAGAAGAGGAAGAAAAGGUGGUGUCAACAGUGCUACAACUCCAAGCAGAAGGAAUCGGAGUGAACCCUGUACUGAAACGAGUUUCAUCCGACAUUUCUAAUGUCCCAAAAGACACUCUUUCCCACAUCAUCGACCUUGUCUUGAAAAGCAACGAGGAAAGAGGGCGCCGAGAGAUGAAAUCCAUCGUUCUGAAGCUCCUCAGGGAGAACAACAGUCUUCCAAGCUAUGCACGCACAACCGACGUAUGCAAUGACACCAUUUACAGAUCAUGCAGAAGGUGCUUGGACUCACUACUGGCACUGUUCAAGCAGGCUGCAGAACCCAGUGAGAACCGAGAUUCUCUGGCAAAGUGCAUAGCUCUGGAAGCUGAUAACUUAACCUGGUUGCUUGAGAUUUUAGUUGACAAACAAGCUGGUGAUGAGUUUGCAGUGAUGUGGGGAAAGCAACAGGAACUUGCGGUGUUACAUGCGAAGCUGCCAACCGUGUUGCGGUACUAUGUUAGCUGUGUUUCUGGGAGACUUUAUGUUGGCAUUGGGAGAGGGGAGUUGCUUCCAUCGAAGGAGACACGAAGGUUGUUGUUACAGACAUGGCUGCAGCCUCUGAUGAAUGACUACAACUGGCUGCAGCAUGGAUGCAGGUCGUUCGAUAGGAAACUUGUGGAAGAAGGAAUUGGGAGAACUAUUCUGACCUUGCCUCUGGAGGAUCAACAGAGCAUUUUGCUCUCAUGGUUGGGGAGUUUCUUGAAAACUGGUGAUAGUUGUCCAAAUCUUCAGAGGGCCUUUGAGGUGUGGUGGAGGAGAACUUUCAUCAGGCCUUAUGUGGAGAACCUAGGUAACGUUGCCGUGUCCGUGUCGGAUAGUUCAAUGUUGCCAAAGGAACAUGAGUGAAAAACUGUUCAUUAAUGUCUUUCUUUCGUAAUGGAGUUGCAGUUUAUAUUAACAAGUUUGAGGAAUUGUAUAAAGAUAUGUGUUGAUUGCAGAACGUUGAUUAACCUCCAGCCGCUAACGAGUCUGAGACGUGUCACGUGUCUUGCAUGAGUUGCCUCUGGAUUAAUUCUUCCAGGAAUUCAGUAAUGGGUUUUUGUAUAAUCUCUUCAAAGAAAGUAAUUGAUUGGAGUUCUAGUUUUUUUUUCCCUAAUUUCACUGUAAUCAAAUAACAAAAACGAUAUUUUGAUUCAUUUUGACAUUGCAU